AUGGACGUCGAGCUCUACGUCUACGACUUGUCCAAGGGUCUUGCGCGAGUGUAUUCGCAACCCUUGACUGGUACCCAAAUCGAUGCUAUCUAUCACACCUCUUUGGUUGUGGAUGGAGUCGAGUACUAUUUUGGUCAGGGCAUUCAAACAGCUCGACCGGGGAGCACGCAUCAUGGGCAACCGAUGGAAAGAAUUCACAUGGGCAAGACCGAGCUUCCUGUCGAUGUCAUCCAGGAAUACUUGCAGUCACUAGCGUCCAUUUACACACCAGAGGUAGGCUGGCCCUCCGAGCCUCCACGAAGAACCCUCGAUUUUGUUUUCCUUUUCUGUUUCCGUCCGCUAAAGCUGUCACAGUCAUAUGACCUGUUUCUUCACAACUGCAACAACUUCACGCAGGAUCUUGCCAUGUUCCUCGUAGGCAAGAGUAUACCAAAUCACAUCAGAGAUCUGCCCCGCACAUUCUUAGAAACGCCGUUUGGUCAAAUGAUGAAACCUCAAAUUGAGGCUGCGUUGAAGGGAGUCACCCAGGGUUCUGGCAUCGGCUCUGGUGCAGGAUUGGGUCAACCCAUGCCAGCAGGGCGACCAGAGCCAGCAACAGCAAAGCCUCCAGCUCUUGCAGGCAGCGUACGCAAUGUCACCAGUCUCGCCCAACUGGAAAACGAAUUGAUUGCGGCAUCCAACUCCUGCGCUGUCAUUUUCUUCACUUCGUCCACCUGUGCUCCCUGCAGGAUCGUCUAUCCAACUUACGAUGAACUGGCGGAGGAGGUGGGGGAGAAGGGUCGUCUCAUCAAGGUGGACAUCAGCACCGCCUACGAUGUGAGUAUGAAGUAUAACGUGCGCGCUACACCCACCUUCAUGACUUUUUUGAGGGGUGAAAAACAAGAUGAAUGGAGCGGCGCAAGCCCUGCUCAGCUCAAGGGCAAUGUGCGAAUGCUUUUGGAGCAAGCGCACCCGACACACCCCCAUCGGAAUCUUCGACUUCCUAGCCUGCAACGCACAAUCACCAACUUUGUGAUGUACAAAAAGAUCCCACCUUUGGACAAGCUGGUCCAAAAACUUCCCGAAGUAUUCAAGGACGCUGCCAGUGUCGCACCGGUCAUCGACUUUGUCAAACAGCGCCACGCCGCAGUAGCUGGCAACGUCCCCACAGCCGACAUUCGAGUCCCUGAUUUGCAUGCAUUUGCAACGACCUUGCAAUCAACCUACGUCAGUCUCCCCAGUGAGAGCCACUUUGCAGUCGUCGACCUAGUUCGAAUUUUGCUCCUCGAUCCUCGUGUGAGCGGUUAUUUUGCCGAGGAAGCCAACCAUGCCACUCUUGCCACUCUUCUCUCCCCUCUCUCUUCGGGCAAGCUUUCGUCUUCUCCCUACAACCUUCGAAUCGUCGCUCUUCAACUGGUCUGCAAUUUGUUCAGCACCCCUCUAUAUCCCGACCAACUUACGUCAUCCAACUCGGUCCUCCGGGAAAUAACCCUCGGACUAGCAACCAAUUCCCUGCUUGACACCCACUCGAAUCUUCGCGUGGUUGCGGCUUCGUUUGCGUACAAUCUGGCGGCAUUUAAUCAUAACGCCCGGUUUGACGAGAAGCCGGAUCGCCUGGCCGAGGAAGAUCAGGUCGAAUUGACAGCAUCGUUGCUCGAGGCUAUCUCACAGGAGAAUGAGAGCCCUGAAGCUCUACACGGCCUCCUGUUUGCUCUCGGCCUGCUGAUUUACGAGGCACCCACCGACGGGAUGCUGAUCGAUUUGUGUCGGGCCAUGGGGGUUCGUGAGACCGUUGCCACUAAGGCGCAGAUCCCUGCGUUGCACAAGGAACCGUUGAUCAAAGAAGUGGGCGAUGAAUUAUUUGGCAAGGGACUCUAA